AGGUGACGAGCGCUCCGAGAGCCCGGCCCGGCCCCGCCACCGCCGCCCCGCGCCGCCCGCACCGCCCCGCGCCGCCGCAAACAUUGCCGACCUCGCCAUGUCCGGCGGCGGCGUCAUCCGCGGCCCGGCCGGCAACAACGACUGCCGCAUCUACGUGGGGAACCUGCCCCCCGACAUCCGCACCAAGGACAUCGAGGACGUGUUCUACAAGUACGGCGCCAUCCGCGACAUCGACUUGAAGAACCGCCGCGGGGGCCCGCCCUUCGCCUUCGUCGAGUUUGAGGACCCCAGGGACGCGGAGGACGCCGUCUACGGGCGGGACGGCUACGACUACGAUGGGUAUCGCCUCCGCGUGGAGUUCCCUCGGAGCGGCCGCGGCACCGGCAGAGGCGGCGGCGGCGGCGGGGGAGGAGGAGCCCCCCGGGGCAGGUACGGCCCCCCGUCCCGGCGCUCGGAGUACAGAGUGAUCGUCUCGGGGCUGCCUCCAAGUGGAAGUUGGCAGGAUUUAAAGGAUCACAUGCGUGAAGCAGGUGAUGUAUGUUAUGCUGAUGUUUUCCGAGAUGGCACUGGUGUCGUGGAGUUUGUGCGGAAGGAAGACAUGACCUACGCUGUGCGAAAGCUGGAUAACACUAAAUUUAGAUCUCACGAGGGAGAAACUGCCUACAUCCGUGUUAAAGUUGAUGGCCCAAGAAGCCCAAGCUAUGGAAGAUCUCGGUCCCGCAGCCGUAGUCGUAGCAGGAGCCGUAGUCGAAGCAACAGCAGAAGCCGCAGUUAUUCCCCAAGAAGAAGCAGAGGAUCUCCACGCUACUCUCCCCGCCACAGCAGAUCCCGAUCUCACAUAUCUGAAGAGAUGGAUUAAGAAUGCUUUGGAUUAAAGGAUUGUGGAGCACAUGUCAAUCAUUUUAGGAUUGUCAAAAGGAGGAUUGAGGAGGAUCAGAUCAAUAAUGGAGGCAAUGGUAUGACUCCAAGUGCUAUUGUCACAGAUGAACUUGGCAGUAUUGACCUUAUACUGAGAGACAGGGGAAUUGAGGCCCAGCACCUACGUGUCCCCACGUGUCGCUUCAGGCAUGUCCUCGUGACCGCAGGCUGCGAUUGCUCUUCUCUUUUAAAACUUCCUUUUCUGGGGGGGCAAUUGUGGCCACAUCCCUGCUUUCGUAAUUCUCUAUUCCAUUCUAGUUUUCUAAAGGAGUAACCGGGGCCGGGGGGGAAGUUAUUUGGUUUAUUUGUCCCGCAGCGUUUGGUUACAAGUGUCCAUGUCCGUAGUAUCCGUACACUUGUAGUAGAACUUGCAAUCAGAGUAUAAUAUCAAUACUGCUAAAAUCUGCAUGUCCUCUGUGUGACUGAUACAGCGUGGCUGUUGCAUUUUUAUAAGUACCAGAAUGAAAGCAAAAUAAAAAUAGCAAACCUAGCGGGGAAUAAUUUAAGUCUCAGCCCUGCCCCCUCAGACUAAUUCACGAUUGACUCACGAUCCGUGUGAAAACACCGAUUGUAAACGUUCCCUCCAGCUGGGAGUGCAGCUGUAGUCCAGCCAUUCCAUAGUAGGUGGAUAGACCGAGCAGUUAAAGCUUUUCCAGUUUAGUAAAACCAUUUUUUACAACCACAAAACCUCGUACCCACCAAUGCGCUGAGUAUGUUGGCAUUUCCAGUUGACAUAUUGUAAAUAUUUACAAUGUUUCCUCCAAAUAGUAAUUAACAUUUCUAAAGAAAUUAUCUGAGCAUCACCAUUGGAAAGUUUGUUUUGGGGAAUUGAUAGUUAUUACUGUACAUCUGAAUUAAUUGAUGGCAAACAUAACUGAUCAUUCCCCAGAAUCCUAUUUUUUCAUUACAGUAUCUAACUUUUUGCCUCCUCUUUUUUGGUUUUGCUGGUUAUAAAGGUUUGGAUUGGAGAGGGCUCACUGGAUCCCAAUCCUUGGAGCUGGAUCAUUGGAUUCAAAUCAUAAUGUGGAUAGGAUAGGGAGGCUGAAUUACAAGGAUUCAUGGAGCGGGAUCAAAUUACCAGGAACAUAGGAGUGGAUUCCUGCCCCAACCAAACCGCAUUCGUGUGGAUUUUUUUUUAUUCAACUCAAUUGGCUAUUCCAAAGAUAUUUUUUUUUCCUAUUUUUGACGAUUGGAGCCCUUAAGAUGCACGAUGGAGUUUUGCAUUUUUUUGGUAAAAGGAGCAAAGCGAGGACCUGGAGAGGUACGCUGGAGCAAUCUCCUUGGAAGGAUUCAGCACGAGUAGAUGGUAAACCUUAAAGGGGAAAAAGGGGGGUUUGUUUUAAAAAAAAAAAAAAGUAAAUAAGUCAUUUCUCUAAAUUUAAAGACCAAAAUUGGAGUUAAACGAUGAUGUAGGUUUCAAUUGGCCAUUGCUUUUUUUCUUUGACAAAUAAAAUUUUUACAAAAACA